AUGGAUAAAUCAUAUGAUGAUCUACUGGCCAUAUCGAGCCUUGUACUGACAUUAAACCAAAGAGUUAACGAAUCAGCCGAGUCUAUUUUUAAACUACAAGAGAUAUCGAAUGUGAUUGUUCCUCACAAUAGUACAACCGAUAAAACCACCACUGAUCAACCACAAGAUAAUUGUAGUUCUAAUAAUGAUAAUGAAGAUGAUGACGAAGAGGAAGAUGAGAGUUCAAUAAUACGAAAACUAGAAGAUGAAAGAAUUGCUCUUGUUAUGGAUAUCCAAAAACAAGAUUUUGUUGGUGAGAAACUAAGGGAAUUAAUUGAUCAAAAUCAAGAAAUGCUUGACUCUGUGAAAGAAUACCUCCAAGCAAGAGAAUCAAUACAAAUUGAAGAAGAUUUAUAUACCAAGAAUGAUAUUGAAAAAUUUGUUCAUGAUAUAAUACAACCAACACGGAUUCAACUAAGGGAAAAUAAUCAGAUUCUUCAUACAAAGAUAGAACGACUUGCUGAGAAACUAAUGGAAAUCGAACAAGAUAUACAAAGAGAACCAACACUUCUACAAUCAGAAAGUUAUCAAAAAGAAGUGAAAUAUUUAGUAAACGCAUUCAAACAAUUAGUUAAAAGAGAUUAA